AUGGACAAGACCGGUCCAAAGUUCAUUCAGGAGUACAUGCGGACUGAGCACGAGGGCCUCAUCUUUUCGGCCGGCCGCAUGCUUUUACGGUCACGGGCCCACGAGCCAGCCAGCGUGUUGGCAAGCCCGUUGGCUGGCAAGGGAACGGGAGGGUUCCAUGGCAAGCUGUCACAGACUCACAAGGCCUGCAUGCUGUGUUUGUAA